CACAGCAGUGCGCCUGUGCUGCCAGGGAUGGCUGGAGACUACACACUCCUUCCUCACUGAGAGGCAGACACGUCUAUCGAAGGUAGCCGGUGUAGGUUUUGGAUGCAGGGACAACGUACAGAAUCCUGCCUGGAUUUUCUCGUACAAUAUGCGGAGUCCUGAGCUGACGCUGCGUUGUGUCGUCGGUGCGCAGUAAAAAAAAAAAAAAAAAUGAAGAUAAAAAAAGCGGCUGACAGAUCGAUCUACUUUGCUGUGAAUAAUGUCUGGAGGUGCAGAGUCCGUGUGCACAGCUUCUGACUGGGAAAGUUGUUUGUCGGUUGUUUGGAUCUGAGACAAGAUGCAUCUGUUUCGGAGUCACAAUUACCAAGUGUUCCCGGACCGCUCCUCAGUGGAAACACCGACCAUACGAGGCAUCAGCUGGACUCCACUGCCAGAGGCCCUGAAUUCAAAGGACACUAUGAAGCAGGUGUGUAUGCCAGAGAUGUUUCUUUCAGAUCGUGUUGUGAAAGCAGCGAGAUCAGUGUAUAGUGUUAUGAUCGAGAGGAACCCGGGUCUGAUCCGAGAUAGAAAGUAUCACCUCAAAACAUACAGACAAUGUUGUUCCGGUAAGGAACUUGUUGAUUGGCUGAUGAAACAAAAUGAAUGCCUGCAAUCAAGAAGCCAGGCAGUUGGAAUGUGGCAAGUCUUGGUAGAUGAAGGAAUCAUUGUUCAUGUGAAACAUGAGUUGAACUUCCAUGACAAGGACACCCAGUUCUACCGCUUCCAGGACUCAGAGUUUGGCCUGAACCACGUAACAAACGAGAAGGAGUUGGAGGACGAGCUGCAGGAGGCUCUGUCGCUGCUGUCUCAGCUGGGUCCCGAUGCUCUGCUCACUAUGAUUCUACGCAAAUGCCCCAGUCAGAGGAGUGCUGAGGACCUGGAGGUCAUCUAUGAGGAGCUGCUCCAUGUCAAGGCUGCAGCUCAUCUCUCCACCUCUGUGCGUAAGGAGCUGGCAGCAGUGCUGGUCUUUGAAUCACAUGCCAAGGCCGGAACAGUCUUGUUCAGUCAGGGGGACAAAGGCACUUCUUGGUACAUCAUCUGGAAAGGCUCUGUAAACGUGAUCACGCACGGGAAGGGCCUGGUGACUACACUACAUGAGGGGGAAGACUUUGGGCAGCUAGCUUUGCUGAACGAUGCCCCUCGUGCUGCCACCAUCAUCUUGAGAGAAGACAACUGCCAUUUCCUCCGUGUGGAUAAACAGGACUUUAUACGCAUCCUCAAGGACGUUGAAGCUAACACAGUGCGGCUGCAAGAGCAUGGGAAAACGGUGCUGGUGUUAGAGAAGAGCACCGACUGGGCCGCGCAGGGAGGAGCAGGAAACAACAGCAAGUACACGGUUAUGUCAGGAACACCUGAGAAAAUCCUGGAACACCUCCUGGAAACAGUAAAGCUGGACUCUAAUGGAAAUGACGCAAUAGCUCCCUGUGUGACCGACUUUCUGCUCACCCACAAAGUCUUUAUGCCCUCCAGCCACCUGUGUCCCGCACUACAUCACCACUAUGAGGCAGAGCUCUCUGAGGGUACCGAUCAGGAGAAGGCUUCCUACAUUCUCAGCACCAAGCAGAAGGUAGUGAAGCUGAUUGGCCAGUGGGUGGCACUGUAUGGCCUUCUGCUGAAAGAAGACCCUAUUGCUUUGGACUCUCUGGAGAGGUUGAAGAAGGAGGUGGCAGGUGAUUUCCGUCUGUCCAGCAUGCUGAAAGAACAAUUUAGGGAAAGGAGGAGAACCAAAGUAUUGGAAAACGGAUAUCAGUCACUGAGCAGGAACCAGCAAUUUGAUUGGUUCUCAAACUGUGAGGAGCCAGUGGGGAGGUUACAACCAAUCAGAGCACAAGAUAAAGUGCUGUAUGAGAUCUACAGACCAGACAACAAGCCUCUCACUCUGAUGCUCCCAGUCAACACAUCUGUACAGGACGUCUUGUCAGCGAUAGUCAAACCUGGCACUGAUCACAUCCUGGUCAAAAUGAACUCUACGGGAGAAAGAGCUCAGCUAAAGCUGGAUGCGACUGCAGUCUACACGGCCCUGGGGCUCAACGAGAGACUGUUCAUCUGCACAAGCAGCCAAGUGGAACAACUGAUGCCCCUGGCGGAGCAGCAGGGUCCAGAGCGAGGAACAACGGACAUCCUGGAACAGAUGUGCUCCAAAGACAUCGCCAAUGAACUCACCAACUAUGACUGGGAACUGUUCACUGCCAUGCAUGAGGUGGAGCUUGUCUACUACAUAUUUGGCCGUCAUAAAUUCCCAGGUGCCAUCACAGCUAACCUGGAGCGCUUUGUGCGUCGCUUUAAUGAGGUGCAGUACUGGGUGGUGACUGAAUUGUGCCUCUGCGAAGACCUGGUGAAACGUGCCAUUCUGCUCAAGAAGUUCAUAAAGAUCGCUGCAGUAUUAAAGGAUCAGAAGAACCUGAAUUCCUUCUUUGCUGUGAUGUUUGGUUUGAGCAACAGCGCAGUGCACAGGCUUUACAAGACCUGGGAGAGAAUACCCAGCAAGACAAAGAGAAUUUACUAUGCUUAUGAGAGGUUGAUGGAUCCCUCACGCAACCACAGGGCCUACAGACUGGCUGUGGCCAAACUCAGUCCUCCCUACAUCCCCUUCAUGCCUCUGCUGCUCAAAGACAUGACAUUCAUCAAUGAGGGAAAUCCAAACUAUGUAGACAAAUUGGUGAAUUUUGAGAAAGUGCGCAUGAUCGCCAAGACAGUGAAUAUUGUACGAGGCUGCAGAAGCCAGCCUUACGUGCCAUCGUCUCCACAGAGGGGCCUGGCAGAUCGGAUGUUUCUGGAAGCGCCUGCUACUCGCAUAUCCACAUGCUCAGAAUAUGCCCUCCCUCUGCGGAGUCCCAGCAACAUCCGACACUACAUUCAGAACCUGAAGGUGAUUGACAACCAGCGCAAGCUAACACAGCUAUCAAGAACAAUAGAAUGCUAGGGCAUCAACCUGCGAAUGUGCAAAGACUGUAACCAAAGACUGCAAAUCUGAACCAGAGAACAGAUUGUAGCUGGAUGAACAAAACUUUCACACUCGCCUACACAAGAUGGAUGUCUGGAGGCGUUGAGUGCCGUGGACUGAUUCUAAUUCAAGGAGCUUGGACAUUCCUGGAUAAGCUCUCUGCACAGCAAUCAAGAGUGACAAUGUGCUGUGUGCACAAUAAUAACCUCCUAAUGAUAAACCAGAGAAUCCAAUUCUGUGUCCGAGAGACUUGUGGGACACUUCUUUUUUUUAAUCCAAGAAGCUUCAGGACAGUAUGUAUGCCACAAUGGAAACUGAUCCCCUCACAAAAGCAAUGUUACAACAUGUACAGUUAAGCAAAGUAUGCCUGUCUUUGGUGUCAAAACCAUUUUUGUGACAUUUUAUAUACUGCUGUCUGUGGAAGAAGCACUCUGGUGGUUCUACAAAAGGACCAUAAGAACAUAUACUACAGAUGUUUGCCAUAGCUAAAUCACUUUAGGUCAGUUUUUUUGCGCACUUUUUUCACUAAUAUAUUGUACGAGAUCAUUUUUUUUGGCAACGAAGCCACUAACUGACAUCAUACAUUUCAUACAAUGUUGUCUUCCAAAUAAAUUAUUUUUCUCAA